CGGGCGGGGCGGGGCGGGCGGCGCCGCUUCCUCUGCCGGGCACCCCCCACUCCCGUCCGCGGGGAACGAGGCAGCGCCGCCGGCCCAGCAUGGACAGCAAGCCGCUGCUGCAGGAGCGGCCGCCCGCCUACAGCCCCGCCGCGCCGCCGGGCGCGCCGGGGUACGACUACGGGCACGGCAACUACGGCGCCAUCCCCGCCCCGCAGCCCGGCUUCCAGCCGCCCCCGCCGUACCCCUACCCGGGCACCGCGCCCGCCGCAGGGUAUGCUGUUCCUCCACCGACAUCACAGCCCAACUAUUCGAGCACGUACACCAUUAUUCAACAGCCUGCUACCACUACUUCUGUGGUAGUAGUUGGUGGCUGUCCUGCCUGCAGGGUUGGCGUGUUGGAGGACACCUUCACCUGUCUUGGGGUUUUGUGUGCCAUUGUAUUCUUUCCAAUUGGGAUUCUGUUCUGCCUUGCACUGAGGCAGAGAAGAUGCCCUAAUUGUGGGGCAGCUUUUGGCUGAGGGUAUGAACGUGGCCGUGCUUACGGAAGCUACAACUGUUAGCGUACUCUUUCUAAUGUAAAUGUCAUGUACAAUCAUGUUAUUUGCUUCAGACCUGUUUUGUAAAGUGUGAAGAAAUUUAGUCUCUUGCAUGUAAUUUAAACUUAAUCUUUUAUGAGCAUGUGCAUUGCAAAACAUGAAAACCUGACUUGUUUUCCAUGUUUAGUGGCACCUGUUGAAAACUAAAUAAAACUGCUUUUCCUUUUGCAAUCCUCAA